CAGAUUCGCUAUAUAAGCCAGCGUCUACUAGAGCAAAGAUCCGACUGUAAGAGCAACACUCGCAGUGCAAAGACCAACACUGCUGUGCAACUCGACCUUACUUACUUACAUUGCGCUUGCAUUUUGUUUUUUUCGUACAAUGAAGGACACAACAUUUCACCCAGCGCCACUUUGGCUCACCACGGAUUACCUAGAGCCCAUUCUACGCAAAUACAAACAGGAUGAAGGACUCACCAUCACACAAUUGGACAUAAAGCCAGCGACGGCGAAAGGUGAUAACUACGCCAGUGUGAUGACACGCAUCGGCAUCGAUUUUCUGCUCAGCAACAAGGAAGUCGAACAUGGUUCGUACAUCGUGAAGACUUCACAUGAGGGCGAUCCUGUCACGUCCAGCAUAAUGAGCAAGUACGAUAUCUAUAAGACGGAGAUGCUGAUGUAUGAGCGAAUUUUGCCGAAGCUCAUGGAGUUGCUUAGGGAAAUCGGGGACAAGGACAAACUCUUUGCCGCCACCAUUCAUGUGGACUACGAGCAUUCGGCUAUUAUUUUCGAGGACUUGGCGGUACUGCAAUUCGUCACACCUGAUCGGCUUGCUGGUAUGAAUGAGGUGCAAACGAAGUUGACGCUGAAGAAAUUGGCUAAAAUGCACGCCACUGCCGCUGUACUUAAUGAGCGUAUGCCCGGAAUUUUGAAUAAGUUGCAAAGGGGAAUCAUCAACCGCAUCACGUCCGGGUUUUCCCCAUUUUUCGAGGGUGUGGUAGAAGCUUGUGCUGACUUCGCAGGAAAGUGCGCAGCUUUGGGUCCAUACUACAAGGACAAGUUGCUCAGGCUCAAGCCGCAUAUUAUGGAAUAUGCAGCGCGUUCUAUUGACCCGAAAGAUGGUCACUUUUUGACGCUCACACAUGGUGACGCCUGGACGAAUAACGUUAUGCUCAGGUAUGAUCCGACGAAGCAAGGCAAAGUGAUCAAGGAUAUCAUGCUGAUCGAUUUUCAAUUCAGCGCGUGGACCUCCCCAGCUGCCGAUCUCCAUUACUUUUUCCACACCUCAUUGCCAUUGGAGUUUAAACUGCAUCGCGAAGACGAGUUCGUGCAAUACUAUCAUGGAAUUUUGGCGGAGACGCUACGGCAACUAAAUUUUGGUGGACAUAUACCCACUUUGCAUGAGCUUUGCGUGCAGCUGGAAUCUCGUCGAUUCUACGCUGUCCUCUCGUCACUGACCUGCCAGGCUUUGCUGAUCAAUGACAAAACUGAUGAAGCAGAAUUCAAUGUAUUCAUGGGAGAAGGUGAACGUACACGAAAUUUUCACAACCUACUGUACACCAACAAGCGGACUCAAGACAGUGCCAUAGCCUUUUUACCUUUCUUUGAUCGGCGAGGCUUACUAGAUGUAACCGAUUAAUGAGCGAAUGUGUAAUGAAUUUAUAUAAAUAACAUAUACAAACAAAUUAAAUACAUAAGCGGUAGAGAAAUAAAUUUUACCAUGUAUGUACAUACAAUCGGGGUUCCACAGCAAAAAGCAAAAAAAAAAUUCAAAACCCCUUGUAACUCAAAAACCAUACAUAUAUACACAUACCUUUGUACAUAAGUACUGUAAGUGACGAGCUCCGAAAAAUUGCGGGCCUAUUUUAGAUAAUCAACAAUUAAGAAUAUAAAUAAAUACCAGUGACGAAUCCACCGGGGGGGUUUUGGGUGCUAAACUACGUCUCAGUCAGUGGCGGACGCACGGGGAGUGUAUUAAUAUGGCGCAUAUGUACGUAUAAUAUGGCGUCUAUAUAUUGAAACACCCCCCGUGGGUCCGCCACUGAUAAAUACAGCAAUAUCUUGCUAUUGCGGAACUAGUUUAUAAUUAAUAAAUAGAUUAGAAGUUGGGAUUAGAAAAAUCCCAACAAAAUGAACCUACAUAUAAAAUCAUAGUUUGCGUACAUAUAUACAUAUGAACAUAUUUUGUUGCAUUAUUGAAUUAAAUUUCUUUAAAUUUUACGAAAAUAAAAACAGAAUGAAGAACUCUUUAGCCUGAAAAGACAGAA